AUGCCGAAUACCCUCAGUAUGUCCAAAUCAUCUUCGUCAUCCACGCUAGGGGGUUCUGCCCAGCUAUCUGAUACAUUGCCGGUUAAGGAUGAGGCUGUCACCGGACUCUCCCAACCUGGUCUCGACGAUAUACAGGAUGACGCUCAUCUAAACGGUGGACGUCAAGCGCGUUCGCGACGCCACGACAUCUGCCCUUCCGCAAGUUUAGAGCUACAACUGUGCUACGGCGACGUUGCUCACUCGAAUAUCAACGAAGGCAACGCAGUCUUCACCGAGAAACUGUUACUUCUAAUCAACUUGCAAUCAAGCUCUUAG